AUGAAUGAGCUGAAGAUGGCUAGGAGCGCCUACAUGUAUCGGGCACGUCUGCCAUCACCAGAGUCCAGAAGAGACGCCACAGUGAUAGGAGGACUACAUCCCUACCCCAGCGUCCACGAAGUGCUGGGUCGUAGGAGCCCUUUCCCCCUCAUCCUGCUCCCCCAGUUCGGAGGCUACUGGAUCGAGGGGACCAAUCACGAGCCCAGCUCCGGCCCCGCCCCCAAGCAGCCUCCAGGCCCCGCCCCCGAGCAGCCUCCAGGCCCCGCCUCCCAGGUCAAACUAGAGAGCAACAGCACAGCCAAGAUCUACCGCAAGCACUUCAUGGGCAAGGAACACUUUAACUACUAUUCCAUGGACACGGCCCUCGGUCAUCUGGUGUUCUCUCUGAAAUAUGAUGUCAUAGGAGACCAGGAGCAUCUCAGACUGGUGCUGAGAACCAAGUUAAAAACCUUCCAUGAUGUCAUCCCCAUUUCCUGUCUGACUGAGUUCCCCAACGUGGUCCAGAUGGCGAAGCUUGUGUGUGAAGAGGUGAACGUGGACAGGUUCUACCCAGUCCUGUAUCCCAAGGCAUCUAGGCUCAUCGUGACGUUUGAUGAACAUGUCAUCAGCAACAACUUCAAGUUCGGAGUCAUCUAUCAGAAGUUUGGACAGACAUCAGAGGAGGAGCUGUUUGGGAACAGCACCGAGAGUCCUGCUUUUGUGGAGUUCCUGGAGUUCCUCGGCCAGAAGAUUGAGCUCCAUGACUUUAAAGGGUUUCGCGGGGGUCUGGACGUUGCCCACGGCCAGACAGGAACAGAGUCUGUCUACACAAGCUUCCACAGCAAGGAGAUCAUGCUGCAUGUGUCCACCAAGCUUCCCUACACGGAGGGGGACUCCCAGCAGCUGCAGAGGAAGAGGCACAUAGGAAAUGACAUCGUGGCCAUCGUGUUCCAGGAGCAGAACACGCCCUUCGUACCCGACAUGAUAGCGUCUAACUUCCUGCAUGCCUACGUGGUGGUGCAAGUGGAGAAUGCGGGCUCAGAAAACGUCCUCUACAAGGUUUCCGUAACAGCCAGAGAUGAUGUGCCUUUCUUUGGCCCUGCUCUACCUGACCCUGCCAUUUUUAGAAAGGGUCCAGAGUUCCAUGAGUUUCUCUUCACUAAACUGAUUAAUGCAGAGUAUGCAUGCUGCAAGGCUGAGAAGUUCUCCAAGCUGGAGGAACGUACUCGGUCAGCCUUGCUGGAGACAUUGUAUGAGGAGCUGCACAUGAACAGCCAGGCCAUGCUGGGUCUGGGGGCGGCCAUGCUGGGUCUGGGGGCGGACGACGACAAGCUGGAGAACGGGGGCGGAGGAGGGGGGGGCUUCUUUGAGUCCUUCAAG